AUGCCACCUAGACAGAAAACAACUCUGGAACCCAUCCUUGAUUCUCACAAGCCAGGAAAGACCGAACCGAUCGAGUCUUUGAUCCACAAUGGAUUCCUUACACUACCUUCACCACAACUUGCCUCUCUUGUCGCACGAAAAAGAUUAGAAAUCGUUUCUAGGCGGGCAGACAUUUACUUUGCUAAAAGCAAGAGCCUCAGCAUCGAUCUACACCAAAAAUAUCAACAAGCGACUCGAGAAGCUGAAGAAAAGAAAAAACUUGAGGAAGAGGAAAAACAGCGACAACGAGAAGCUGCCAAGUUUGCGAAGAAGGCUGCAGAAAACGCCAUUGGAUUUCUGAGCUUCAAGUAUGGCAGAUCGGUAGAAGAUAGACAGGAAAUUGGACAUUGGCCAGCUUACGUGCUUCUUGCUAAAUCAGCAGCAUCAGCGACGACAUCAUUACUCAUAGACGACAAACGAGGGAGACUGACGCGAGCGGGAAGUAUUGCAGCUCGAAAGUCGUUUGACAAACCCAGUCAUCCUUCGACCGAAAGACCUGGCAUCUCACCCAUCUCAACGAACAUAUCGAUCUUCCAGUUCGCUCCUGGAAUUCACCCUCCGUUGACACCAGCAGAUUCUAAUGAUUCAAGGAGGCAAUCACUGCUGUACGCUCCAGUAUCAGGAUCAUACGAAGGCGGACCCGGAAGUAUGGCUGACGCUGCGCGUCCUGACACCACGAAUGGUGUCGAAGAUUCUAUCAAAGGUGUCAUUCAAGAACUAUUUACCCUUCAGCAACACGUCUCUGCCUUCCGAUCGGAGAACCAAGAACGACUCAACCAUCAAGUCGAGGAAGUAGGCCGUUCUAUCGGUCGACUCGAAGAGAUCGUAACUCUACCAAAUAACCCACUCAACAACGUGAACGUCGCUCCAGAAAUAAUAGACUAUGUUGACGACGGUCGAAACCCAGAUAUCUUCACUAGAGACUUUAUUGAAUUAGUGCAGCGAGGUAAUGCGGUGCUCAACGGAAAACAGAAGGCCUUCAAGGAUUUCAGUAAAGUAUUCGCAACGAAACUGAAAGAUGUUUUUGACGGUAUGGAUGAUGAGAUUGAUCUGAUUAUGGGUGAUGCUGGGAUGGAGGAGCGGGAUGGGGAGUGGAUUGACAAAGGAUUGCAAAAUGGAAGUGGGAACAAGAAUAGCAAUGGAAAUGGCAACGGCGCUUAG